CACUUCUCGGGUAGAUGAUGAACGACUCGGCAGCGUCGUGCGCCUCCGGCGAGCUCUCCAACGGCUCGUCACCCUGCGCGAACCUCUCGGUGUCCGACUACGACGCGGCGUCCUUUACGCACGUCUUCCCCGCCGUGUACGGGCUCCUGUGCUCGGUCGGAGUCCUCGCCAACGCGCUGGUGAUCUACGCCGUGGCCACAUGCAAGAAGAAGUUGGUGUCGGACGUGUACGUGCUGAACCUGGCCGUAGCGGACCUGCUCUUCUUGCUCGUCAUGCCCUUCAACAUCCACCAGCUGGUGUGGGAGCGUCAGUGGGUCUUCGGCGCGUUCAUGUGCAAAGCCGUGGUGGUGGUGGACGUGAGCAACCAGUUCACCACUGUGGGCAUCGUCACUGUGCUCUGCAUCGACAGGUACAUUGCCAUCGUCCAUCCCAUGUCUGAGAACCGCACCAUCCAGGGGACCAUCAUCAUCAACCUGGCGGUGUGGCUCGGCAGUUUCCUCCUCACCAUCCCUGUCAUGAUCUACGCCAAGGUAAUCUCCAAGAAGCACUCUAGUGUCUGCAUGAUAAACCUUGACGGUCCCCAGGACAUGUACUGGUACACCCUGUACCAAUCGACGCUGGGUUUCCUCGUGCCCCUCAUCAUCAUCAGCACCUUCUACUCACUGACCCUGUACCAUGUAUUCCAGUCGAUGCGCCGGGUCAAACGCAAGCAGUCUCUGUGGGCCAAGAGAGCCACCAAGAUGGUUCUGAUGGUUAUUGCACUCUUCCUGCUGUGCUGGACACCGUAUCAUGUGAUCCAAGUGAUCAACCUUGGUAUCCAAGAGCCCACAUCGGCCUUCGUCUAUGCUUACAACAUCAGCAUCUGUCUGAGCUACUCGCACAGCUGCAUCAAUCCACUCAUGCUGCUGAUCUUUGCGCAGAACUAUUGUGAGCGUCUCUGUCGUCAUCGCAAAACACGCAGCAACAUGUCCAAGACCACGGUGAAGACGGAGGGAUGCUCUAGCAUGAGUCCAGAUACCGCCCACCGCCUGACCAUCAUCUAACUCCUGCUACGUAAAUCUAGCCUACUUUGGUUUGUCUAUUUAAGGGAACCCUUUACAUCAGAACCCUACAACAUAGGAGUUUUGCUGUCAGGGAGGAUGUUAAGAAGAACCUGUUCAUUAAGCUAAGUAUGCUUCAUUUUCCAA